AUGGUUAUCUCUUCUUUAAAACCGAAAACUCCUUUCCAUUCUCGUUCAAUAAGUUUUCCACCCAGAUCAAACAAUCCUCUCACACUUCCAGUAGAAGAACAGCUAUUCAAACUAAAAUCAUCUUCGUCUUUAUCCGAUGAAGCUACGUCUACAUUGUCACCAUUAGCAUCAAUGUGUCACAAAUUGAGCGGGCUCAAAGACUUGUUCAACUGUAUUGAUCAAAAUUUACUUCAAUCAACGACAACUCAUCGAGUGUUAGCCAAUAAAUGCGUGAACGAUGUGUUGGAUGGAACUCUUGCUCUGCUCGAUACAUGUAGCAACGCGCAGGAGGUUUUAUUGCAGGUGAAAGAAUGUAUACAAGAUCUUCAAUUGUCUCUGCGCAGAAGAAGAACUAGAGAUUACGGUCAUCUGAUUGACACUGAUGUUGAGAAAUAUACAAACUCCAAAAAGAAAGUGAUUAAGGCAAUCAACAGGUGUCUUAAGGAUUUAAAAAGAAUGGAGAACAGACGAUCUUUCUCUAUGCUAAUAGAGAACGAUCCAGACACCGUCGCCAUCAUUAGCGUAUUCAGAGAAGUUCAAUCCAUCACCAUGUCCACGUUUGAAUCUCUAUUUUCGACCUUGUUAUCUGGGUUGGGAUCAUCUUCGAAGAAGCCUGCAUUGAGGGGUUGGGCUUUGGUUUCGAAACUGAUGCACACUACCAAAUGUGUAGAAAUGAACAAGAAAGGGGAUGAAGAGACUACUACUACUGGCAUGUAUGAAAUCGAGAAAUUGGAUGUUGCGUUAAACACCUUCGUUAUCAGCUGUAAGAAUUCUACGGAAGCCAUGGUAGAGCAUAGUGUUCAAAAUGUGCAGAAAAGAUCGACAGAAGUGGAAUUGAGUAUUGAGGCAAUUGAAGUUGUGCUGGAAUUGGUUUUCAAAGGCUUAAUCAAAACACGAGUUUCACUUCUUAACAUCUUAAGCAGCAAUAACUGA